CCUUACCCUUUAUCAUCUCUCUCUCUCUCCCAUUUUAUCCGUUUUCGUCGUCGCCGUCAACCGCACGCAGCCAACCACCCACCGCCACAUUCCGGAGAGGGCACGACCGCCUUCCCCAUUUUCUCCACGUUUAAAUUUUCAAUUUUUAUUAUUUUAGCGGAAUACAUUGGGGAUAGAUAUUUAUAUUUCACAUAGAUAUCCCCAAGUAUUACGCUUCUCCGGCUGCUUCGUUGUUUAUACUCCAAUAAUUAAUUCCGGACGAGGAUUACAACUUCAAAGGGUUUCGCUGAAUAACAUAUUUCUUUAUUUUCAUCUUGGGAGUCAAUGACAGAAGUUGAUAGUAAAGUUAUUAAACCUGAGGCGCAGCUCAUGAAGUCCUAUGUAUGGAUUCAAACAUCUGAUGGAUUGACACAGCCUGUAGAACAAGUAGUUGCAAUGUUUUGCCCAUUUAUUUGCCAUGAAAUGCACUCUGGGUUGGGAUCUUCAAAAAAUUGCCCUAUAUCACUCCCUUCAACGGUUAAUCCUGCCAUGUUGAGCUUGAUUAUUGAUUAUUGCCAUUUUCACCAAGUACAUGGCCGUUCCAACAAGGAGAGAAAAUCAUUUGAUGAGAAGUUCAUUCGCAUAGACAUAAAGAGGCUAUGCCAGUUGACAUCUGCUGCUGACAGCCUGCAAUUAAAGCCACUGCUUGACCUUACAAGUCGUGCACUUGCACGGAUGAUUGAGGGUAAAAACCCAGAAGAAAUACGUAAUGUAUUCCAUCUACCAGACGAUCUUACAGAGGAAGAGAAAUUAGAGCCCUUGAAGAACACAAUGGAUGAUCCACGGAUUCGGCUUUUGAAUAGAUUGUAUGCCAGAAAGAGGAAAGAAUUAAAAGGGAGAGAAAUAUCGAAGAAUCCUGAGGUUGAAGAGGAGCAGGCGGAUGAACGUUCUGUUGAUGACCUCAUGUCUUUUAUUAAUGGAGAAGAUGGAGAUUCAAAGGGUGUAAGAGCUUCCAAAAGUAGUAAGAGGAAGAACCGCAAAAGGAAAGAUCAAAACAAGAACACUCCCACUAAACAAGAGCUUAAGACAACGUCUGUGGACUGUACUGCUACAGUUAAUGAUCAUUCUGGGCACAAGGCUGACAGGACUUUGAACAUGGCACCAUUUGAAAGCAACUGUUUUGUUCCAGAACAGAAUUCUGACGAUGGGUUAGAUGAUGAGAUUGACCCUGUGAUGAAAGAAAAGAUUGACAGGGAAGUUGCAGACUUUGCCCGAAUAUUAAACUCAGACUGGCCUGAAAGAAUGCAAGAGAUUCUCUCACUAGGCCAAGAGAGGAGUCGGGUCCCAAUUACAAUCAACGGCACUUCUUGAGAAGACAAGCAACGUUAAAACAGAGCCUGAAGUGAUUUAUGAUCAUUGCUGGUUCAGCAGCCACUGUUAUGGUGUGCCCAGGGAAUGCCAUGCGGAUUCGUGUUGGAGCUCUUACAAAACUCGCGGUCGGUGACGUUCUUUUCCUUGUUUAUGUAAAUAUGACUUGUUGUAACAUCGUUUUUCGCACACGGGUAGUUCUAAAAAAGUUGCGAUUCUAGGACGAAUCACAAAAUCUGAACCGCAGCUUGUCUGCAUUUUUUGCCCUUUUAAGUACUGACUGACUAAGUUAACUGUGUAUUCCAAUUCACCAGAAUGACCAGAGUAAUGGAAUG